UUGAAGGGUGGCGAGUGGAAUAGAAUAAUUGUUCAAACAAUUGCAAAAAUAAAAAAUGAAGGGGAUUUGUGUUGUUGUUCUCCUGGGGAUCUGUGCUGGAGUUUCGGCUAGCGGUAGUGCCUACGUGCAUGCAAUUGUUGAGAGUUGCUCUGGAUGUUCCUUGAACCGUCUUCCUGAUGUCAAGGAGUUCAUAAACGAAGAUUUGCCGCUCUAUGAUCGAACAGAGUUCAAGCACAUUCAGGGAGCACCACCAGAGCUCGUCCUGUAUGACAAACACAACGAGGAGGUAGAGCGUCUCCAGCUCUCCAGACUCACUCGAGAAGAGUGCAAUGAGUUACUCCAGAGGAAGGGAUUCAUUCGCAGCAAGCACUCUAAAGACGAGAUGUAAAUCAAAUAUAUCUCAGCACCUCCUCAAAACUAAUCAACCAGUAAAUUAAAACGUUUUUGUAUCUUAUUUUCUAGACAACUGACACAUUAUAAUAAAUUAUUCAAUCUGCUUUGACGA